AUGAAGAGAAUUAAAAGAGCAUGGUUUGGAGAACAAGUCCCAUGUCCAGAUCCAAGCACUAUUAUUUCUUCCAGUAGCCUUAGUCUCAGAAGUUUCUGGGGUCUAUUUUUAAUUGUUGGAGUAGCUUCAGUUUUAGCUCUUAUUGUUUUCGCACUUGUCUUCUUUUACCAACAAAGACAAAUUUUACUACCUAAUCCAAAUUUAUUAGAUUCUUCAUCAGUUUGUAGCAGAAUUGUUAAGUUGGUCAGGAUAUUUGACCACAAGGACUUGAAAUCACACACUUUCAGAAAGGGUAAAGAAGUGCAUGAGAUACAUUUGGCAAUGCCAAGUCCUUCAAUCUAUUCCGUCCAAACCAAUUUUCCUGAAGAACACGGGACGCCUUCUAUGGAUUACGGAGAUCCAAAUCCAACUCCUCAACAAGUAGUGAUAAAUAUUAAUGAGCUUGUGGAAUUGUAGUCAUCCAUAAUGGUUGUAUAGUUCAUGUAGUAGUAGUUGAGGCUUAAUACAUAGUUUGACCUCUGAAUUUGUACCCUUUUACCCAUCUAACCCCUAAAUUUAACGUCUCACCUAUCGAACCUCUGAAGUUGUUAAAUAAUCCGAUUUAACCCCUGAACUUGAUAAAUAUAUAAGUAUUGAACCCUUCGUGUCCACCUGUCACUUGAAACGUUCUAGAAGAAAUUGUGUACGGAGGGGUUAAAUGUUUACGUAUUUAUCAAGUUCGGGGGUCAAAUCGGGUUAUUUAACAAGUUCAGGGGUUCGAUAGGUGAGAUGUUAAGUUUGGAAGUUAAAUGGGUAAAAAAGUACAAGUUCAGGGGUCAAACUAUGUAUUCAGCCUAGUAGUUGAGGCUCUCAAAAUCAAAGAUGUUAAACUUACCGUCAUAUCUAUAUAUUCUUUUAUUUAUUAA